AAGAUCCGGUGUCGAGAGCGAAAGUAAAUCCGAAUCCAAAUCAAAAUCCAAAUCCGAUUCCUAAGAAGAUGAGCCUGCUGCUGCCGCUGCUGCUGAUAGCAGGCAUUGGCUGCACCUCUGCGGCUGCCAAUCUUGACCUGGAGGCCAAGACGUUUGUGAAUCAGUCGAGCGAUCGCUACUACAGAUUCUACAAUGAGAUUGCCGCCGAAACAUAUUCGGCAAACAACGAAGAUGACUUCGAUGCUCUCUUCUCCAAGCUGAACAAUGUGAAGCGUAUUGCCGAGGAGCUGGUGAGCAUUUCCCGGCAGGCUGGAGGAUUCAAUCUGGACAGGAUACGGGAUCCGGAGACCAAGCAUGCCAUGCAGGAGCUCCGAAGUGUAGGGGAUUUGUUUGUCUUGGGCGACGACUACUUUUCGUCAGUGCAGAUGAACCUGGCUGCCCUGCAGACUCUGGCCACGGACAAGGACAUCGAGCCGUAUUUAGAUGGGGCCAAUAUGCCCGACCAGGACGACAGUCCGCUGGCCUACUAUCCCGACAUCCAGAAGAUCGUACAGAGCAGCCGGGAUGCUGACGAGCUGAAGUACUACUGGGAGGCGUGGCGUGAGAAGAACCAGUUGUGGGCCUCGGUCAACUUCUAUACAAUCGUCCAGUCCUACCAGCGGGCAGCUAAGAUCCUGGACGUGCCAGUGCACCGGCUGUGGUAUCGAUCCGAUAGCACGGAGAUACUCCAGCAAAUGGAGCAGGCAAUGACGGAGCUGCGACCCGCCUACCAGGAGCUCCACGCUUUUGUUCGUCGCGAGCUGCACCAGAAGUACGGUGGCGAUGUGGUGGAUCCAAACGGACCCAUUCCGGAUCACUUAUUCCAACAGGUGCUGGAGCAGGCCUGGGCGGGUGGUAGCAUCCUGGAGCAGUACUAUCCGAGGGCCCAGCUGCCGGAGUUUGAUCUCUUCGUGAAUCAUUUGAGUGCCAAAGCGAUGGUCAACGAAUCGGAGAGCUUCUACACUUCGCUGGGCUUCGAGCCACUCUCCGGAGACUUUCACCGGAAUCAGCUGAAGGAGCCGAACGAGGACAGGCCCAACGAUGACUGCAGGCCCUCGAUUUUUGAUCUCACCCCGCACGUUUAUCUCAUGUACUGCGAGAAGGUGAGCUUCCGGAAGCUGAUGCAGUACCACAGCCACAUGGCCCGCGUCUACUAUGCCCAGCAGAAGCGCCGCCUGCCCUCCUACUACUUCAAGGCCUACAACCUGGAGUUCGCUGUGGGCGAGGCCGUCGUCCUGUCCGCCUCCGCUCCGUCUCACCUCACGGGUCGGCUCUCGGCCAAAGGGGUGCUCAGCGACCAGGCUCUGAUGAAUCGCCUCUUCCGAAUGGCAAUCCAUACGAUUCUCAGCAUCCCUCAGUACUAUGUGCACACAAAGGUGAUGCAUGAUCUGCUGAGCGACACGGUGGACAUGGACACCGUGAACAGGCACUAUUGGAGGUUGUUGGAGCAGCAUGCGGGCAUUGAGCCACCGUCUGACCGUGCAGAAGGCGCCAUUGAUUUCCCCUACAAGUUCUACGUAAACAUUGACCAGAGCUUCCAGACGCAGAAAUUUAUAUCCGAAAUUCUGGGCUAUCAGUUCUAUAGGCAGUUUUGCAGGAAGAGUCUCAGUCGCGGUCCGCUGCACAACUGUGAUUUCUAUGGCAGCUUUGCCGUUGGCAAUGACCUAAAAUCCAUGAUGUCCUUGGGCUCCAAGAAGCCCUGGAAAGAGGUCGUUGGCAAGAUACUGCCCAAUAACACGGGCCUCAGCAGCCUGGCUCUGCUGGAGUACUAUCAGCCCGUGUUGGAUUGGCUUAAGAAGUACAAUAAGGAUGCCAAUUCGAAAAUUGGUUGGACAAACACCAAAAAGAAGAUUGUUUGAGAAUUUCUUUGAAUGCAGUAAGCCAGCAUUCAGGACAGCUAUACCAGAAAUUGUUCAUAAAUAUUGACUAAUAAAACUAUGUAUUCAAGAAAAUCUGUUCAA